GGAAGCAGCGCUAUCCACCACACCUCAAGCGUUCCUCACGACAGCAUUGAUUGCAAACCAAAACAAACGACCGCAACAAAGCAAGCAACAAGAAGCACUGGAGAUGAGCGACCAGGCAGCACAGGACUUUGCGGCCGUGCGUGUGACGCAUGCGGCGACGGGCGCGUCCAUUGUGGUGCACCCGCACGGCGCAACGCUGCUGUCGUGGAUGCCGGCGCCUGCGCCACCUUCGCUCGUGCCAAGCCCGAGCGGGAACGGGAAAGAGGUGCCCCUGGACGACGGCGAGAAGGUCGUGGUUGGCGGCACGGGCGACGUGCUAUUCGUGUCCAGCGACACAGUGCUGCGAGAGGACAAGGCCAUCCGCGGCGGCGUCCCCAUCGCCUUCCCGCAAUUUGCGGGCGAGGGAAGCCUGCCCAACCACGGCUUCGCCCGCACCUCGCGCUGGACCGUGGCAGAGAAGGGCGACGGCAUGAUCGUGCUCACGCUGGAGGACAACCCGCGCACCCGCGCCGUCUGGGGCCACGCCUUCAAGCUGGAGCUGCGCAUCGAGUUUGACGACGCAAAGUGCCACUCCACCCUCACCGUCCACAACACAGGCGACGCCCCAAUCGAGCCACAGGCCCUGCUGCACACCUACUACCGCGUGCAGAACAUCAACGUCGUCUACGUGGAGGGCCUCACGGGCCUCACCUACGAGGACAAGGUGCAGGACUUCAAGUCCUUUGAACUCAAGGACAAGCACCUCACCAUCAAGGGCGAGACAGACAAGAUCUUCCGCAGCGCAGCACCACAGGGCAAGGCCACCUUCACCCUGGACGCCGGCAGCGGCAUGUGGCGGCACAUCAGCCUGUGGGCAGAAGCGGGCCCCGGGGACGGUAGUGGCGACGACGCCUCCGCCACCAUGAAGCCCGUGCCCUGCGACGCUGUCGUCUGGAACCCUUGGGAGGACAAGGCCAAGGCCAUGGGCGACUUUGGCGACAACGAAUUCAACAACAUGAUCUGCGUCGAGCCGGGCUGCGUGCGCAACAAGCCCACCAUCCCGCCUGGCCACCGAUUCGCCCUGCAUCAGGAAAUCUCCCUCGAGUGAUUUGACGUGGGUGCGUGUUUGGGUGUUUGGUGUUUUGGAGGGGGGGGGGGGGUGGGAAUGGUGGUGGUGACGAGGAUGUGGAUGUGGAUGUGGAUGAGGAGGGGAGGGGAGGUGGGUGCGUGGCGGGGGACGCUCGGGGGGAAGGUUACUGUCCCUUUCGUGCAUGUACCGGUGUGCUUUGUGCUGUGGGUCGUUGCAUUCGACGACAGCAAGGCGUUACGCUUCCUUGCUUUGAGUGUGUGGACGGCAUGGGGGUUUCUUCUUGUGCCCUUGUGCUGUUGUGUGGUUGUGCGCUUGUGCUCUGGUGCUUGUCUUGUUGCAACGCUGUUACAUUUGGCAAGAACAACACACAUACACACAUACACACGGAUGGCGGAG